UGACGGCGGUCUGGGUGUCACGUGGUGUAUUUUGCGGCCCUGUCAUUGGGGAUAAUGGGACACAUGGACGCCCUUAUUCCUAGCCAUUUGCGAGGCCUGGAGACACUGGUGUGGGUGUGUUAGUUGCUGGGUAAUUGGUGGCGUGGGCAGGGAGAGAAUAAGUGAGUGAGUUAUACAGAGGGAGGCACAAGGAGGACCUGUUGUGGCUGGUGACUUGUGUGUUCUGUGUUGCUAGGAGCCUUCAGUCCUUCCCUUACCCUGUUGGUGAUCUCCGUCCUGCUCUGCUCUCCACACUUCUCUCCUCUCAUCGCCGUGGUUGAGCAAGAUGUCAACCAACAAUACAAUACUACGGCUGGCCACCUACAUGUGUCCAGGGAUGCCUGUGGAGUAUUACGAGUUCCUGGCAGAGUACUUGGAGCAUGAGCUUGGCAUCCACACCGAGCUGCUGUACAGUUCACGCAUCAAAGGACCGAACAUCACUCGGGGAGACCAGGACCGUGUUGACCUGGCGUUCGUGUCCACAGUGGCCUACCUGGAGGAGUACAGGUCCAGCAGCUGUCCCUUCAAGUUGAUGCCUGUAGGGGCAGUGACGCUGCAUCCCACCAAGGGCAGCCUGCUGGGAUACUACUCAGACAUUGUGGUGCAUCGGGAUGUGAAGGAUAGAGUGAAGGAGUUUUAUGACAUCCGAGGCUGCAAGUUUGUCCACGCAAGAGAGAACUCCUUGGCCAGCAACAGACUGGUCCUGCGCAUGCUGAAGCAGAUGGGGGAGGAUGCCUCAUUCUUCUCUGAUAUACAAGCCUCUGGAGACCACAUGAGUUCAAUUGAGAUGGUGGUGUCAAAGAAAGCUGAGGUAGCAGUGGUGGAUUCCCUGUCCCUGUCCAAUUACCUGACCCGCCACUACUACCAAGAGCCAGAGCUACAUCUGCAGGUGUCUUGGGGUCCUCUGCCACCCCACCCCAUCAUCUUCAAUACUAAACUGCCAGCUGAGUUGGUGAAGAGAAUAGAGGAGUCCUUGCUGAGUCUGCAGAAGAAGCCUAGCUGGAAGGAGAGGCUUGAACGCUUCAGUAUUACGGGUUUCCACAAGACAUCUUUUGACAAUUAUCUUGAGGCAAUAGACAUUCUAGAAGCUACUCAGUCACUUAGCUUUGGGAUUACAUAUUAUUAAUGCCUUCUUUUAGUAGUUCAGACCUUUGUUGAGUUUGACCUAUCAAUUCGUAAUGUUUAUUCCAAUUAACAUUUCAUUGACUUGAGAUUCUUCAUUGUGGUAUUUUCAUUGUAAAUAUACUGCACCUAUAUUAUUUUUCUUCCAAGGUGGUUGCCAGGUAGAAUUGUUGUUGUUGUUGUUGUGUGAUGCCUGGAUGCUUGUGAUGUGUGUUAAAUGGAUAGGGAGACAGAUGAUAUGAAUGGAUUGAUUGAUUAAGACGAAGCAACAACAGAGUCCAUAUGAUGUUCACAGCUGAGAAGUAGAUGGAAUUUGUUUGAUCUCCCUCACAUGUUGACAACAUAAGACAGAGUUGCUCUUUGAAUCUUUUUUUAAAUUUUUUUUUUAUUUAUUUAUUUUUUAAACACUUCACUAUUCAAUCUGUAGUUCAUUACAACUCGUGUAAUCUUUUCUUACAUGAAAAUUAUUUGGGGUGUCCUUGAGUUGGAUGAGUGUUCUCCAGCAUAUUACUUUUAUGAUUAACUAGAAUGUAAUGGCAUUCAGGACUAUGUUGUUGCUAUGUUUGGUACACAUCAAUCCCUUGUGGUGAUAUGUAAUUGUAAGAGUAGCCGGGAUGGUUGGCAUGUGAAUAAUUCCAAGAAAUCUGUGUAGAAUUUAAGUUUUGUAAUGUUGAGUAUGGUAGAAGGUAAGGACUGAUGUUUUUGUAUGAGUGGCAGUCCCUCAGGACCUGUAAAUAAGAGAAUGGUGUGUGUGUGUGUGUGUGUGUGUGUGUGUGUGUGUGUGUGUGUGUGUGUGUGUGUGUGUGUGUGUGUGUGUGUGUGUGUGUGUAA